AUGGAUUAUGUUAAUCGUGUUGAUUUCAAUUGCAGAGAGAGUACACCAGUUGAAAGUAAACGUACCGGUGGUGACACACACGCUCCGACUCUUCAACAUAUUGGAACAAAACAAUCGACAAGUUUGGAUGCGAGCUCGUUUGAGGCCGAUAUCACUGUAGCUGGUGGAGCCGUGCCGACAUUUGCUCACGACAUGCCGAUGUCGGGGCCUGGACGGCAGUCAUUUCUGAAACGAAAUUCGUUAAAGAGGAAGAAGAAGAAUAAACAACCAGAGAUACCCACACCAACUCUCUCUAAAGCAGCCACUUUCUUGGUCGAGAAUCGUCGUCCAUCUUUGAUGGCGCUUGAGACGAACGCUACGAAUGUUUCCAGUGGCAUACCAGAAGACGAUCUGCAAGCAAUGACUGAACUCGGCGAUCAGGAAUAUUUCGGUAUUUGUUUACAGAUUGAUGAAUACUACUAUGGACUUCGAAUAUUUCCUGGUCAAGACCCGGCAAAUGUUUGGGUGGGAUGGGUGACACCAAAGUAUCAUUUUCAUGCGAACAAUUUCAACGCUAGUGAAGCGGUCCGGCGUUGUCGCUUUCAAGAAAUCGAUCAGUAUGGAGGUUCAAUGCAAAGUUUGGAAUACCGUAAUUGCUACAUGAUGAACGCUGCCUCACUGUUGGAAGCUGUGCCUGAUACUGGAAAUGCGAAAGUUUCCGGUAUUUUGAUCGGUUGUAUCAUUGAUACGUCGAUUGGUGAACUGUCCUUUUUGGCAGCUGGACAAGACACUGGAAUCAGAUUCAAAUUGGAACCAGGUGCGAUGCUUUAUCCGGCCGCGUUCGUAGCACCGACAGCUUCGGAGAUUCUACAGUUUGAACUUGGGCGCAUUAGGUACACGUUCCCAUUAUCAUCGGCAAUGUUCAAGUCAACACGCAAGAGUUUGGUACCUUUCUGUCCGCCACGGCUCACCGUCGAGAAACUACAACCGUAUAAUUGGGCGAGAGUACCGAAUGAAUGCCUCCGAACCACAGCACUGAAACUUUCGGAUGUUAGAGGUUGGUCGGUGCUGUGCGAUGAUCCGGUACGCAUAAUGUCCGUUUACGUACCAGAAAAAGAUAUGAGUUUCGAUAUUUUGGAGAUGAUCGAGAAACCGAAUUAUUUGCAAUUUCAUCGUCAAACGCUGAAUUUGUACUGUAAACUCGCUGCACACGGCAACCAAAAAGUGGCGCAUAUUCUGUGUGGCCACGUUGACGAAGAUCAAAUCAUGUACGCGAUCAAGAAUCAUUAUCUGUCUGGCCCAAUGCGUCAAGGCUUUCAUGACUUCUUGAUAGCCGUCCAUCUGAAAACGCACGUCGACGCUCGCAUAUCAGCUGCUCAUGAGUACGUUGUUCCGUUGGUGCCCGAACUUACGACGAAGAAUGUCUUCAAUCCGAGUUCAGAAGAUCGUUUCCCACAGAUCUGCGGUAAAUCGGUUUCAAUUCGACCAAUUAUGGUCUGUAGUGAAGUGCAAACAAACGUCGGACGUGACGAUGUAAUGAAACUGUUAUCACCACAGUUCAAUUUCCAAGCUUUGAAAACGCACGUGAUGGAUGCGCUGACAAGUGCUACCGAACAUGCGUGCGAUUGGUUAGGUGAUAGGGAGAGUGCUGGUGCAUCAUAUGGGCAAAGAGGUGAAAGUGUCGCGAUGUCGAAUUUCAGGCCACUCUUCAAACUGUUCAAUUCACUUAUGAUAGUUGGCUUGAUUGAAGACGAUGAUUUGCGAUAUGUUAUGAAGCUAAUACAUCCGUCAGCAUUCGACGAAAACUAUGAACCAGGUCGGUCGGCUAGUCAAGCAAUUGUUCAUGAGUAA